UCUUUGGUUUGAGUGCACGUGGAUGUAACCAUGUGGGUCCGGUGUUGAUGAGUUUGCAACAGCAAAGUAAAGACCGGCGAUUCAUAUUUAUAUGUAAAUAAUUUAAAUUAAAGAUUUAAGUUUAUAUAAAUAAGAACCGUGAAAUAAAACACCAUGUCUUCUUUAUUCAUCAAGAAGAAAGGAAAUACCAAACCUGACAAAAAAGCAGAAAGUGGUGCAGGAACAAAACGAAAGGCUCCUGCAAAUGGAGAGGGAAAAGGACGCACCAAGAAAAUGACUUCCAGACUUAAUGAAGAGAUCUCCAGUGACUCUGAACCUGAAAGCCCUGCAGUGGAAAAGAAAGCAAGAGUCCAAGAAGAUGAAGAGAUUGAGGAGACCGCCCAGGAGAAGAAGUUGCGGUUGGCUAAACUCUACCUUGAACAACUGAAAGAAGAGGAAGAGGAAAAGGCAGAGGUGGAAGACUUUGAGAAAGAUCUAAUUGCAGGCAGACUCCAGGAAGACGUGCUGGAACAGAAAGGAAAACUCCAGCGAUUUGUUGCCAAAGACUAUCAGCCUCCAGAUAUUGCCGAUAUCCGUUUGCUGAGGGGCCACCAGCUGCCUAUCACCUGUCUUGUCAUCUCGCCUGACGAUAAGCAAGUUUUUUCAGCUGCUAAAGAUUGCUCAAUUAUUAAAUGGGACGUGGAGAGUGGAAAGAAGCUUCACACAAUUCCUGGAGGGAGGAAGGGGACAGAGGACAGACAUGUUGGGCACACGGCACACAUCCUCUGUAUGGCAAUAUCCUCUGAUGGCAAAUACCUGGCUACAGGUGACAGAAACAAGUUAAUAAUGAUCUGGGAAGCAGCACUUUGUAAACACCUCUACACGUUCACAGGCCACAGAGACGCAGUGUCGGGCCUGUCGUUCAGGAAAGGUACACACCAGUUAUACAGCGCCUCGCAUGACCGUUCUAUCAAAGUGUGGAAUGUUGAUGAAAAUGCCUACGUGGAAACACUAUUUGGCCACCAAGACGUGAUCACGGGUCUGGACAGUCUGAGCAGAGAGCGCUGCGUGACGACGGGGGGUCGCGAUCGGACCGUGAGGGUCUGGAAGAUUGCAGAGGAGUCCCAAUUAGUUUUCAAUGGCCACGAGGGAUCUAUUGACUGUAUCCAAUUAAUAAAUGAAGAGCAUAUGGUAACCGGAGCAGACGAUGGGUCUAUUGCUGUGUGGAGUGUUGGCAAGAAGAAACCUCUGGUCACAGUGAAGCAGGCCCACGGUUGCCAUGGGGAUGGAGGCCUGGAGCAGCCAUAUUGGAUCUCUUCAGUGGCAGCACUUCAGAAUAGUGACACACUAGCUUCAGGUUCCAACAAUUCAAAGGUUCAGCUAUGGAAAUGUGGAGAAGGUUUCCGCAAUUUAAAACCUCUUUUCAGUAUUCCCCUGACUGGUUUUGUGAACAGCCUAAAAUUCUCAAACUCAGGAAAUUUUCUUGUAGCUGGGGUCGGGCAAGAGCACAGGUUAGGCAGAUGGUGGAGAAUAAAAGAAGCCAAGAAUGGACUUUAUAUCAUUCCUCUAAAGAAACAAAACUCGGAACAAGACGUAACAAGUGGCAAAUAAUUUACCUGGAUGGAUACCUCACCUGUUUGAAAUUAAAGAACAGACAUGCAUCCUACCAUAAUGUAUCUUAUUUUAUAAGAUUUUAAAGUGGGUGGUGGUGUUCAAUUAUUAAAGACACAGUAAUAUCUGAAAGCUUAUAUAUAUUUAUCUCAUUUAUUAAAAAAAAAAAAAAAAAAAAAAAAAAAAAAA